AUGGCACUUCUAUCUUUUGGCUUGGCCAACACGGUUGGCUUGGUAGUCGGUCUCGCGAUAUUCUAUGGCCUUGGCCACGCCUUCUACAACCUCUUUCUCCACCCACUAGCAAAGUUCCCCGGCCCGAUAUGGAUGCGCGUUUCCCGAGCGCCGUUCUGCUACAAGCUACUCACGGGGACUCUCCCCUUCGACAUGCUCGAACUGCAUAAGAAGUACGGUCCUGUGGUACGCAUCGCACCCGACGAGCUGGCCUUCCACGAUUCACGAGCAUGGAAGGACAUCAUGGGCCACAAAAGCCAAGGCGGUGCCGAAAUGGAGAAGUCAAUGAAAUUCUAUCGCUCUGUUCCCAAUGCGCCGUCCGACAUUGUCAGCUCUGGUCGGGAGGAGCACGCCAACUUGCGCCGGUCGCUGGCGCAUGGUUUCAGCGAGCGCAGUAUGCGUGACCAGCAGCCCAUGAUCAAAAGCUACGUCGAUCUACUUAUCAAGAGGCUUCACGAGCAUGGGGAAAAAGGCGGUAAGGCGUUGGACUUGGCAGCAUGGUACAACUAUACGACUUUUGAUGUUAUUGGUGACCUGGCUUUUGGCGAAGCCUUUGGAUGCCUUGACGGUUCCGAUUACCAUCCGUGGGUCAAGUCGAUUUUCCAGAUGGCGCGUCUGGGUACAGUGCUGCAAACGGGCACUCACUACCCCUUUGUGUUGAAGCUUAUGAUGGCUAUGAUUCCCGAAAAGGCGAAGCGCGAGAGAGCACACCAUGAAGAGUUCACUGAGGCAAAGCUGAAACGACGCAUGGAACUCGGCCAAGACCGACCUGACUUGAUCGAAGGCCUUCUCAAGAAGAAGGACGACUGGGAUAUGAGCUUUGAUAAACUCAAAGCCAACAGCAGUAUCCUUAUUAUUGGCGGAUCCGAAACUACAGCGACUUUACUCUCCGGCGCUACAUACUACCUGCUCAUGAAUCAGGACGCUCUCAAGAAAUUGACGGAUGAGAUCCGUUCUACUUUCAAGGAAGAAAGCGAGAUCGAUUUCCAAUCCGUUAGCAACCUGCCCUAUCUACUCGCAUGUCUAGACGAAGCGCUACGUCUAUACCCUCCUGUACCUAUAGGACUACCCCGUGUUGUUCCCCAGGGAGGCGCAACUAUUGCCGACCACUACGUUCCCGAGGGUACAACCGUCUCUAUCUACCAAUGGGCGAUGUACCACUCCGAGAAGAAUUUUCGCGACCCUUUCGGCUUCCACCCCGAGAGAUGGUUACAAGACCCAGCUUAUGCCAGCGACAACAAGGAGGCGUUUCAACCAUUCCAUAUCGGACCCCGUAAUUGCAUUGGCAGAAACUUGGCAUACGUUGAAAUGCGCCUUAUACUCGCCCGUGUCCUCUGGAACUUCGACCUCAAAAUCGCCGACGAUAGCACCGACUGGGCUCCAAGACAGAAGAUAUAUUUGUUGUGGGAAAAAGGACCUCUUAAUGCGUACUUAACGCCGGUACAGCGUUCUUGA